AUGCUUACUUAUAGAAGUACCCCAAUGUUUACGAAAUGUCUGCUAGACGGAUGUUUUCCAGGCUGAAAUUAAACUCAGUUUCAUCACUGAACUCUCUCGGGAAAAGAAGUUUAACAUGGCCAAAACAAACUGUAAGACAUAGGUCUUCUGUUGCAGCAAAUGUCAGACAAGAAAAAGACGCGCAAGUCACUCAAGAAACAGAUAGAGACGAACCUUACGAGAAGUUAGAUUUGACCUUCGAAAAUGCCACCGAAGCUUAUAAAAGCAAGAAAACGAGCGAGGUUUUAAGGGCCUUGUUCGUAUUUAACUUGUGCUCAGUAAGAUGGCUGGUGGAACAUAAUAAAGAGGUGAUGAAAUGGAGUAGAAAACUGAUGGGAAAAACUCUCUUUGAAAAAGUUAUGAAAGCCACAUUUUAUGGUCACUUUGUGGCUGGAGAGGACAAUGAAGCCAUCAAGCCUAUUAUUAGAAGACAAGCCCAAUAUGGAGUGAAGUCCAUCCUGGACUAUGGGGUAGAAAAGGACAUAAGCAGUGAGCAAGCUAAGAAGGCGGAGAUGGCGAGCUGUGUUCCCGCUGCUGAAGAUGGACAGUCAGUAGCCGAAGGAUCUGAUGCUCGUUUCCGUGCACAUCAAGAGUUUGGUGACAGAAGAGAGGAUGUUGUCAGCGCCAGAACCUAUUUCUAUGAGGAUGAAGCCCAGUGUGAUGAAAACAUGGAAAUUUUUAAAACUUGUAUUGAUGCUGUCUCUGGUGCCACUGGAAGCACAGGAUUUGCAGCUAUCAAGUUAACAGCAUUGGGACGACCACAACUGCUGCUGCAGUUGUCAGAGUUGCUGGUGCAGAUGAGUAACUUGUUUGAUCAAAUGACUGGUCAAGAAAAAGAUGUCGCAUUGCGCAGAAUUCGUCAAGAUGCCCUGGAGAAGAAUCUAAAGGAUCUUGGCAUCCCAAUCAGUAGAGAUAGCUCCCAUGAAUGGUUUACAUGGCUGGAUGUGUCUGGAAGCAGAGAGGUGGACUUGUUUGAGUGGAGUAAUUUUGUGAAUAUUACAAAAAAAGACAUUUCCAAGAAGCUGGUUGUCCCCAACAUUGAAACUGGUGAACUGAAUCCCUUGCUUCCAGAGCUCACCCCAGAAGAAAAAAUCCAAGUCACCAACAUGUUAGAUAGAAUCAAUGAGUUAGUUGAGCAUGCUGUAAAGAAAGAUGUCCGCCUCAUGAUAGAUGCAGAGCAGAGCUAUUUCCAGCCAGCCAUAAGUCGCCUCACAAUGGAGAUGAUGAGAAAGUUCAACAAACAGAAAGCAUUUGUUUUCAAUACUUAUCAGUGCUAUUUGAAGAGUGCCCACAAUAACCUUGUGAUUGACAUGGAUCUUGCCAAACGUGAGGAUUUUUACUUUGGAGCCAAGUUGGUCAGGGGGGCCUACAUGGAUCAGGAGCGUAAAAGAGCAGAGACAAUUGGUUAUGAAGACCCCAUAAACCCCAGCUAUGAGGCUACCACGACCAUGUAUCAUAAAUGUCUGGACCACGUGUUGGAGGAAGUCCACCAACGUGAGAUGGGGAGAAUAGCCGUCAUGGUGGCUAGUCACAAUGAGGACACAGUACGAGAGACAGUGCAAAGUAUGAAAGACCAUGGGAUCAAGGCCUCUGAUCGAAUAAUUUGUUUUGGGCAGUUAUUUGGCAUGUGUGAUCAAGUCAGUUUUCCAUUAGGUCAGGCAGGUUAUUCUGUGUACAAGUAUGUUCCAUUUGGUCCAGUGGAGGAUGUGAUGCCUUACCUGUCCAGGAGAGCCUAUGAAAACAGUGGGAUGCUGACCAAGGUGAAGAAAGAAAAGCGACUGUUGUGGCAGGAACUCAAAAGAAGGGUGAUGUCGGGAAAGAUCAUGCAUGACCCUUUGAAAGCAGAACAGAAGGCAUGAAUAUUAAAGAAUCUCUGUAUGCUCACACAAAAAGAAGAAAUUUACAAAUGUAAUAACAAAACCUGUUUGACAUGUAUUUAUGUGGGUGAUGUACCACAGACAUAUAGAGAUGCACAUAUGCUAUAUGUAUUGAAUGAUGAUAUGUUUACCUUUGUCUUUUUUUUUUUUAGGUCUGCUUGUUUUCACUUAAGCUAUGAAUACCCAAAAUCAUCUUGUAUGAGAAAUUUGUCUAGUUUAUAGAUAAUACUCAACUAUUCUUGCAGCUCUCAAAUCAUUCUUAGCUGAUUCCUAAAAUAAAAGAAGAGUUUGAGGUGUUACAGAAGUAUUGUUUGUCAAAAUCAGUUGUGGAGGGUUUACAAAUUUCAAAUUUACAGAUGGACCAUAACUACUUCAAAUUCUUUUCUUAUUGUCCACAAAAAUUGCAUUCUGGACCAUUUUUAUCUCCCUCAAAUUUGCAACUCACAACAAGAAGACAAAAAACAACGAUGGAGGCAAAAAUGACCUGAAUGUAGAAUGAUUGGCUGAUCAAUUUUGGCACAUUUAUAGUCUUUCUUGAUCCAAGAAUAUGCCAAAAUGCCAUUAAAAACCAUUUAUAGUUAGUCCUUCAAAGAUAAAUCAUAUAGUUGUAACUGAAUUGUGGAGGUUGUAAUGGAUUUAUACAUGGAUUUGGCACUUUUGUAAUUAUGUCAGUCUAACUUGUUUUAUUUUUAAAGAUUUGAAAGUGCACUUGGUUGGUAACACAUGCUUGACAUUUGGAAUAUUUUUAUCCUGGUCAGCCAAAAUGUAUUUUAAGUCAUUCAGAAUAACAUCAUUUCAGCUUUGUACCUCCUGGAUCUCCCAGAUAUUUUUUUUAUUUUGUGUCAAAUCAUCAUCAGGUUUGACAAUUUCACAUUCGAGACAGCUCAAGAUAUUUGCAACUUGAGCGAAAGCAGGGCAUUACUGGUUGUGAGCUUUGAUGACUUGUACUCCUAGUUUUUCAGCAAAUAGUCCCCUGAGAUUUAUUUCUUACCUGUGUUCCUAAAUAGGAAUGAAGGAGUUUUAAAAGUUUACAAGGGGUAAACAUUAUCCAUAUUGAUAGAGAGGGUCUAAUCUCAAUGAAUUUAAUAUAUACAGAGAACUGACCAAUAUGAUGAUACAUUGCAAUACACUAUUUGCAGCAUAAAGCAACUUACAUACAGGUUAUUAAAUGUAAUGUUUACACACAUGGAAUUAUUUUCAUCCAGUUUGAUCUCUUUUUAGAUAUGCAUAAUGUUGUUACAUGUACUUUUCUUCUUACAAGGCAGCUAAGUCAAGUGCUAUGAAAGAUGGGAAAUAUGCAGCUCACUUUUCUCUAUUACCAACUAAAUUUCUGUAUUAGCAAAGGCAUUCAGAACCUUUGAAAUAUAUAUGAGCAGUGCUGAGACAUGUAGGGCAGCUGACUAUUAUUACUAUUACUAUUACUAUUAUUAUUAUCAUUAUGAUCUGUUGAUACACCAAUGCUCAACUUAGAAAAGACUAUUUUUUCACACCUUUAUUUUGUAAGGCACACAUGGCAUAAUCUACUCUACACUAUGGUGUUUAUGUAUCAUAGGAUAAAUAUAUCAUUAUUGAUGGUAAAAGUGACCUUAUUUAUAUUUGUUAUUGUAUUCAUUAAAAUUUAUGAGCCACAUUAUGUAUGAGGAACAAUAUUUCAGACAUGCUAUUUUACAUAUUUUAAUUGACCCAUCAUGAAUCUCUGAAAUCCACAUAUUAUGUUUACAUUAAAGCCAAUAUACAUGUAGUGUAGUAAACUUGGGUUGUAUAACAUGGAUCAGGUUUGGUUUUAUAUCAGCUUGUUUUUUCUCUAUAUUCAUUACAUAAUAUUAUUACAAUGCAAUGAAAAUAUAUAUUGUGUCUGGUAAAAUUUUUGAAGGUAAAAGAAUACAUUUAAAAGCUUUUAGGCUAUUUACAACAUCUGGCUUAAAGUAAUAGCAUAAUAGUUAUGUUGGGAAUUAAUGGAACACAUUUUAGUUCCAUAUAUUCUAUAAUAAAAUGAGUAAUAUCUGGACUAUUUAGGUAUAUUUUCAUGUUUGAAGAUGAUAUCUCAGUUUUCAGAAUUGUCAUAUAGUUA